AUGCGAGGUGUGCUGCGAUGCGACUUGGUGCGCUCGUUGCUGAGAGGCUGUAUUGACCGGUGCUGUAUGGCUUAUGUGGUGGAAGCUGGUCGAAGAGGAGUGUACUUCGCCAUGUUGGUAAGGUUGGAGGGACUGCUGCUGCUGGGAGGCCAUUGCGAUAUAGCUUGUGAGAUUCAACCGCAAGAGGGGGUUGUUGUGAAGAAUGUUGAGUUGUGCCGGAAAGGAGUAGAUUUAGUAGAUGACUCGUUUUAUGACGCAGUAAGCAGUAGAUAUACAGAGGCCGGCAAGAAGAUCACUGGUCAACGAAUUCGAGGGAUCCAGCAUUUGGGUUUAGGGUUGGUGGGAGGGAUGUCAAGAAAGCGUGUUCUCACGAGGGUUGAACGUUAUCUCAGCUACAGCAACUCUAGGGUACAUACUCUGCGAAGGAUGGGAAAUGCAGAACGUCGCGAUUACGCAGAAGAUCAGAGCUUUGAGCGGGGAUAUCGAAGAGGAAGACUGGGCGUUAGAGAGAAAGAGGCACGAUGA